UUGGGCUGGAAGUUGGCGGCACGAUGGGGAACGAGCGCUGGAAAACCAUGGGAGGAGCCUCGCAACUUGAGGACGGGCAGCAGGAGAAAUCGCAGAGGAUGAGCUGCGGGUACAUCCUGUGCACCGUCCUGCUCUCGGUGGCCGUCCUCCUGGCCGUCACAGUCACCGGAGCCAUCCUCUUCAUGAACCACUACCACACGCCGGGCACCGAGCCGCCCCCCGUCAUCAGCACCAACCCCGAGGAAGCCAACGCGCUGGUCACCAUCGAGAAAGCCGACAGCUCCCGCAUCAACAUCUUCAUCGACCCCAACUGCCCCGACGGCGCCGGCACCUUGGGGCGGCUGGAAGGGCUGCAGACCUCCCUGCUGCACACCCUCACCGACCACGACGCCGAGGCCAAGGCCACCAAGAGCCAGCAGAAGGCUUUGCUGGUCACCGUGGCCGAUGAGGUGGCCAAGCUGCUGACUCACGCCGUGCAGCUGCGCGCCGACUGCGACGGCCUCAAGAAGGGGCACAGCGCCAUGGGGCAGGAGCUCAGCGCCCUGCAAGGAGAGCAGGGCAGGCUCAUCCAGCUGCUCUCGGAGAGCCAGACCAACAUGGCUCGGCUGGUGAGCUCCGUCAGCGACGUCCUGGACACGCUGCAGAAGGAACGUGGCGGCGCCCGGCCCCGGCUCAAGGCCGACCUGCAGCGAGCACCAGCCAGGGGAGCACGGCCCCGGGGCUGCUCCAACGGCUCCCGGCCCCGAGACUGCUUUGACAUCUAUGUGAGUGGACAGCAAGAGGAUGGGAUUUACUCCAUCUUCCCCACACACUAUCCCUCUGGCUUCCAGGUCUACUGCGACAUGACGACGGAUGGGGGUGGCUGGACGGUGUUUCAGCGGAGGGAGGACGGCUCUGUCAACUUCUUCCGUGGCUGGGAAGCCUACCGGGACGGCUUCGGGAAGCUGACUGGGGAGCACUGGUUAGGGCUGAAGCGGAUCCACAUCCUGACGGUGCAGAGCAGCUACGAGCUCCGCAUCGACCUGGAGGACUUCGACAACGGCACCGCCUUCGCCCACUACGGCAGCUUCGGCGUGGGGCUCUUCUCCGUGGACCCCGAGGAGGACGGGUACCCCGUCUCCAUCGCUGACUACUCGGGCACGGCAGGAGAUUCCUUCCUGAAGCACAAUGGGAUGAAGUUCACCACCAAGGACCUGGACAACGACCACUCAGAGAACAACUGCGCUGCGUUCUACCACGGUGCCUGGUGGUACCGCAACUGCCACACCUCCAACCUCAACGGGCAGUACCUCAGGGGCCACCACAGCUCCUACGCCGACGGCAUCGAGUGGUCCUCCUGGACCGGCUGGCAGUACUCCCUCAAGUUCACCGAGAUGAAGAUCCGGCCAGUCCGGGAGGAGAAUUAGCUGGAUGGCAUCAGAAUCCUGCCCCUACUCCCUGCCCAGCCCCCUGCCCUUCCCCACCACCCUGCAGCCCUGUCCCUCCACCUGCCGUCCUCCCCAUCCUCCCAAGGGCUGUCCCAUCUUUGAGGGGUCGCUGGGGAGCGCCUGCCCCUGGAGAGGGUGGCUUUGGCUCCCUGGCAUCUACAGACAUUGCUGGACCUUUGCUUCCUACUGCCACGGGUCCCCUGCAGCCAAAGCAAGUCUGGAGGACAGCGGGAUGCAGGAAGCAGUGCCCAGGGGGGUCUGGCAAGGAAGAGAAGGGGCUACCUGGAGGGAGAGAUUCAACUGGGCACCUCUUCUCAUCUCCACUUUGAGCACAGACACUCAGCAGCGGUGUUGCCAAACUGGCAAAGAGACUGGGGGGCCACUCACCGUGGGGGCCCUGAGCCCCACAGAGCCCCCAGGACUAUGGGCUGCAGCUCCAUGGCUCCAGCUCACCCCAUGGUGCUACUGGGGGUGGGGAUGGGGUGCUACUGCCUGGGUUGCAGCCCCCACGGACACCCGACCGUGCCCGUGAUUCCUCCUCUGGUCUGCAAAAGGCUCACCACUUCCCCUGCGAGAGCAAUGCAGCUGGAAAAGGACAACUGCAAACUCUUUUGUCCCUGUCCUGGCGCCUGGAGCCUCACAGGAGGCUGGGACAUCCCAAAGCAAACCAACAGCGUGCUGCAAGGACACACACCCACAAGCCAGCACAGCACUGAGCUGUUUUGGCAGCACGGCAGAGACGACGAGGUGGUGAGGAAGGCUCAGCCUGCAUUUCACAGCUCCUUCCUCCCAACCAGACCUACUUGGAUUCACAUCAGACUUUCACCAUCCAAAAGCUGUGACCUUUCCCCAAACCCUUGGCUUGGGACAGCACAUCCCCCUGUUCCCAUGUGAGCCCCCUCUGCUCGCUCCCAGCCCAGGCACCUGCAUUCAUUUUCACCCAGCAUGAGCCACGCUCUGGCUCCACACCUGCAGAUAUUCAAAGCCUUUCAUUUCUUCAAAUCCCAUUAAGGUUUUGCAAAAAGAAGCCCCGAGAGGGGCUUAGCAUCUGCAGGGCCCUGAUAACGGGGUGGCAGGCACUGCCUCGUGCCAGCCGGCCCAAGGAGGAGCUGCAGUGGGGUGUGGGGCUGGCUGCUCCCUCUGGCUCCCUGCAAGGACUCAAAUGGGGGGCUUUGUCCAGAAAAACCCCCUCCAAAGAAACAAGCUACAGCAGCAGUGGGGAGCAGAGUCCCUGUGCUGGGCCCUGGCCCCAAGAAACACCGUGGGAUGGACAGACUGCCUGAGGACAGGAGGGAAGCUCCUGCUGUCCCUCUUUCCAGGGAGGUUUAAGGCAUGGGCAGAUCAAAGGUUCAUCUUCCCAGCUGUGCCAGAUCUCUACACCCUUGUGUGCUUCUCUGUUUCUUUCAUCUUUCCCCAUCUCAGCCCAUGUGCUGGAUCCUGUCAGGAUCCCCAUCUGCCCAUCCUGCCAGGGAAAUGGGGACAACUAAUGAGCUGGGGUUCCCUUCUGCCAGAGACAUCCCCAGGUGAGGAUGAGCCCCAAGCUCUACCACUGCUCCUGCUCUCAUGGAGCUGCCAGCCAGGCUGAGUUUCUCAAAGGUGGAAUCUGGGAGAGCUCAGCCUUUCCCAUCCACCACAAAAGCAACAGCCUGGGGCCAUUUCUGAGGGGCUUCCCACAGCCUGACAGACUCCUCCAGCAAGGCUCCCACGCUGGCAGGGAACACAACGCCUCCCUUUGCCUUCAGGUGAAGCUUCUCUUCAGGACAAGAAGACAGACAGAGCCACACACCCUGGCUGGGAAGGUUCAUCCUCUCCCUGGAUCCUGCCCACUGGUGCUUAUCCAUGCUGGGAGGAGAUACUGUACCUGCAGCCUGUUGGUAGCACACCCCUGUGUAACUGCCCUCCUCACCCAGGCCUCCCCAAGGCCUCAGGUCUGGCUUGCACCAGAGGUAUUUAAUCCACACUGAGACUUGGGAUUGCCCGGGAUUAGUCCCCAGAGCACACACAGCCCCGGAUUAGGCUGAACCCGUCCGUGGUGACACCUCUGCAGAGCUGGGGGGAGGCCAGGAGUUGGCCACGUACCUUCCCCACAAAGGCCUGGGCCAGGUCGUGGUGUGUAGCCGUGCUGUGAAGUUUAGGUCAUGUG